AUGUCGCCGCUCCUGCCGCUGCUGCUGCCGCUGCUGCUGCAACUGGCCGGGCCCGGGGCCGCGCUGCCGCCCCGCACCGGCCGCUCGGCGCCCGCCGCCGCCGCCGCCGCCUGCCCCGAGCGCUGCGAGCCCGCGCGCUGCCCCGCGCCGCCCGCGCACUGCGAGGGCGGCCGCGUCCGCGACGCGUGCGGCUGCUGCGAGGUGUGCGGCUUGGCCGAGGGCGCGGCGUGCGGCCUGCAAGAGGGCCCGUGCGGCGAGGGGCUGCGCUGCGUGGUGCCCUUCGGGGUGCCCGCCUCGGCCACUGUGCGUCGGCGCGCCCAGGCCGGCGUCUGCGAGUGCGCCAGCGGCGAGCCCGUGUGCGGCAGCGAUGCCAACACCUACGCCAACCUGUGCCAGCUGCGAGCCGCCAGCCGCCGCUCCGAGAGGCUGCAGCACCCGCCGCUCAUCGUCCUGCAGCGCGGCGCCUGCGGCCAAGGUCAGGAAGACCCCAACAGUCUGCGCUACAAAUACAACUUCAUCGCCGAUGUGGUGGAGAAGAUUGCCCCUGCCGUGGUGCACAUCGAGCUAUUCCGAAAGCUUCCAUUUUCCAAGAGGGAAGUGCCAGUGGCCAGCGGGUCUGGGUUCAUCGUUUCAGAAGAUGGGCUGAUUGUGACCAAUGCUCACGUGGUGACCAACAAGCACCGGGUCAAGGUAGAGCUAAAGAACGGGGCCACCUAUGAAGCCAAGAUCAAGGACGUGGAUGAGAAAGCAGACAUUGCACUCAUCAAAAUCGACCACCAGGGAAAACUCCCAGUGCUCCGGCUAGGCCGCUCCUCGGAGCUGCGUCCUGGCGAGUUUGUGGUGGCCAUCGGGAGCCCCUUUUCCCUCCAAAACACCGUGACCACUGGCAUUGUCAGCACCACCCAGCGUGGUGGCAAGGAGCUGGGCCUCCGGAACUCGGACAUGGACUACAUCCAGACGGACGCCAUCAUCAAUUACGGGAACUCCGGGGGUCCACUUGUGAACCUGGAUGGUGAAGUGAUCGGUAUCAACACCCUCAAGGUCACAGCCGGCAUCUCUUUCGCGAUACCCUCAGAUAAGAUUAAAAAGUUCCUCACCGAGUCCCACGACCGUCAGGCCAAAGGCAAAGCUGUCACCAAGAAGAAGUACAUCGGCAUCCGGAUGAUGUCACUCACAUCCAGCAAAGCCAAAGAACUGAAGGAGAGACACCAAGAUUUCCCUGAUGUGCUUUCAGGAGCGUAUAUCAUUGAAGUCAUUCCCGAUACCCCAGCAGAAGCGGGUGGACUCAAGGAGAAUGACAUCAUCAUUAGCAUCAAUGGCCAGUCAGUGGUGUCAGCCAACGAUGUGAGUGAUGUCAUCAGAAGGGAGAACACCUUGAAUAUGGUGGUGCGCCGGGGGAACGAGGACGUGUUGAUCACGGUGAUCCCGGAGGAGAUUGACCCCUAGACCGGGCAUGAGCUGGACUCCAUGUCGCCCGCCAGAAUGCACCAGGGGAUGACACGUGGUGCCCAGGCUGCUGGCCCUAAAGCCUGAGACUGGGUGGCCAUGCUGCCCACUGGGCAGAAGCAGCCGCAGCAGAGACUCCUGGCUGCCUCGUUUGCAGGCGAAUGGGGUGUCGUGUUGUGGGUACCCAGUGGAAGCUCUGUCUUGUACCUGCUUUCCCUCCCCAGCUGCCAGCUCGACUCUCCUGCUUAACACGGUCCACACACGCCCCCUCCCUUAACCCAGCUGCAUCCCAGUUCAGCCACUGCAGGUGGUGGGAGGCAGCAGCGAGGAGGGCGGUUCCCUGGGAGCCAGAAUGGUACUGGGGUGCAGGCGUGUGUGUACCCCUGGAGGCCGUGGUGAGGGGUGGAUAUUGGUUUCCUGAAGGGCCAGCGCAGCCUCAUGGGAUGUCUCUUCAGAACGGGGAAUACCAUGACUCUCUAUUUGGGCCAUUAAACUACUUCUUCAGA